UGGGCGUGUGCGUGAGAGAGAGAGAUGGCGGAAGGCGAAGAAGCGCAGAGGCAUUCAUCGGAGGAGGCGACGUCGGAGGGGCGGCCGGCGACGGGAGCAUCGGCGGAAGACACGGAAGUGGAGGACGGAGAGAUCGUCGACGACGGCUCGGGCAGCGCUGCUUUGGCAGUGGAGCGGCCCAUCGAGAACGCCCACCCUUUAGAGCACUCGUGGACCUUCUGGUUCGACAAUCCAUCGGGGAAGAAUCGUCAGGCUACUUGGGGCAGCUCCAUCCGCGCCAUCCACACCUUCUCCACCGUCGAGGAGUUCUGGGGGCUUUACAACAAUAUAAUUCCACCAAGCAAGUUGGUUGCUGGUGCAGAUUUUCAUUGCUUUAAGAACAAAAUUGAGCCAAAGUGGGAGGAUCCAGUUUGUUCUAAUGGAGGAAAAUGGAGUGUUAGCUGUUCCAGGGGGAAAGCUGAUAAAUGGUGGCUCUACACUCUGUUGGCCAUGAUUGGAGAACAGUUUACAGAUGGUGAUGAAAUUUGUGGAGCUGUUGUUAAUGUUCGUGCAAAGCAGGAUAAAUUAGCAUUGUGGACCAAAAAUGCUGCCAAUCAAACUGCUCAGCUUAGCAUUGGGAAGGAGUGGAAGGAAUUUCUAGACUAUAAUGACACCAUUGGUUUCAUUGUUCAUGAUGACGCAAAGAAACAUGACCGACUGGCGAAGAGUCGUUACAACAUAUGAUUUUGAAUUCCUAGAUUUUGCAAACGUGAUGUAAAUGUUAUCUUUUUGAGACGUGAUGACAGGUUCCUUAAGAACCAUUGUUAACUUCCCAGCGUAAGGAAGUUGCUCAGACGCUUCUUUUUACUUGGUUCUUACAGACAGAAGGCAGUGAUGAAUGGAAAUUUUUUUUUCUCUUUUUGCUUUCA